CCGGCGGGACCGACUGGGGGGAGGCCGUCGCCACCGGAAAUGUGGCGGUGGCCUGCACGAUUAGGGCCAUCAAGGCGCUGGGGCUGAGGGUGGCGGCCAGAAAGACCGAGGCCGUCUUCUUCCAUGACGGGUCGGCCGGACCGCCACCCGAAGCCCAAUUAGGGGUAGACGGCGAAAACAUAAAAGUGGGGGCCCACAUAAAACAUCUGGGCCUCCACAUUGACGGGCGAUGGGGCUUCGAGGAGCACGUAAGGAGACUGGCGCCCAGAUUGGACAGCGCGGGAAACGCGCUAUCGCGUCUGAUGCCCAAUCUGGGCGGGCCGAGUGGGAAGGUUAGGAGGCUUUACGCCAAUAUCAUAACAUCGAUGGCGACGUACGGUGCCCCCGUGUGGGCGGAGGCCCUUCGGAGGAGCAGGAAAUCCCUGACGAUCCUCAGGGGGACCCAAAGGCGAAUGGCCAUAAGGGCCAUACGGGGGUACCGUACGGUAUCCCACACGGCGGCCACGCUGAUGGCCGGGAUGCCGCCCCUUGACCUGGUGGCAGCUGAGUACGCAAAAGUGUACCGGCGCACCAGGGAACUCCGGGGGCAAGGCGUCCCGGUCACGGCGAGGGCGAGGAGGCUCCUCGGAGCCCAGGCUAAGAGGGAGACACGGGAGGAUUGGCGAGCGCGGCUUGCGAAGCCAAACACCCCGGGCAAGCGCACGGUGGAGGCCAUCCUCCCGUGUCUGGACGCGUGGAUGGAGCGCCCAUGGGCGAGGGCCUAUUUCAGGACGUCGCAGGUGCUCACCGGACAUGGAUGUUUCGGUGAGUACCUGCGGCAGAUAGGGCGUGAAGGUAGCGGGAGGUGCCACCAUUGUGGCGCGGACAAGGACUCGGCGCAGCAUACACUCGAAGAGUGUCCGGAGUGGGAUGCACAGCGCCGAGUCCUUGUCGUUAAGAUAGGACCAGACCUGUCCCCCCGAGCAGUAGUAUCUGCGAUAACGGAGGACAGGGGGAAAUGGGAGGCUUUCUCCUCCUUCUGCGAGCAUGUCAUGCUGCAGAAGGAGGAGGCUGAGCGGGUGCGCAGGGGAGAAACAAUCCCCACAGCACCACAGGGCGGAGGAGCGGGGGCCAGAAGAAGGGUGAGGAGAGGCAUCCCCGCACACUUGCGAAAAUGGAACCUGGCCUGA